AUGAAAUCAAAGGACACGGUGAUCAAUAUUGACUUCAUGGAGGUAAAAGAAGAAAUUACCGGAGUCCCGGACGUUUCUGAUAAGAAGGACAAAAAGGAGUUGGAUGGGAAGGAUAAGAAGGAAAAGGAACUAAAAGUAGAUGGGAAAGAGAAAAGAGAAAAGGAUGUGAAAUCAUGUGAUAAGAAAGAUGUAAAAUCACUUGAUAAGAAGGAUAGAGAUGUAAAAUCAACUGACAAGAAGGCCAAAAGAGGCUCAAAAGGAAAGAAGGACAAGAAGAAGAGUAAGAGCAAGGAAAAGGACAGAAGUGAAGGAAAGGACAAAAGUAAAGGCAAAAAAGGAAAAGAUAAGAGCGAGGGAAAGAAAAGAGACGACAAGAGUGAAGAAAAAAAGGCAAAACUACAUAAAGAAGAAGAAGAACGAACAGAAAAAGUAAAACACAACAAAGAUGAAAUAGAUUCGAAAUAUUCUGAUGGCAAAGGAUCAAAGUAUCAAGAAGAUGAUAAAGAAUCGAAUUAUCAAAAGGACAAAAAAGAGGUACAUCAUAUAGAUGAUAAAGAACUAAAGCAUCAUGAAAAAGAACCAAAGCAUCAUGAAAAGGAAUCAAAUCAUCAUGAAAGAGAAUCAAAAAAUCAUUCAAAACAUGACAAGAAGAAAGAAGAAUCAAAGCAUCAGAAGGACGAGAAAGAACAAAAGAAAGAUGAAACUAAGAAUAAAAAAGAAGAAGUAAAGAAAGAAGAAGAACCAAAAAAGAAUGAAAUUGCUAAUUUUAAAAAAGGUGAAACCAUGGGUACCUGGAUCAUUGAGAAAAAACUCGGCGAAGGCAGUUUUGGAGCCGUCUUCAAGGUUCAUGGUGGAGAUAACGUUGGUUAUGCCAUGAAAGUGGAGAAAGUUACAGAGACUUUGAGGGGUAGGUAAAGCUGUGUGUUGGGCGGGGAUUUUGGAAUAGGAUUUUUAGUCUUUUGGUUAGGAAUAGGCAGUGGGUAGGGUAAAAUAUGGUAGGAUAGGGUAUACAGCAGAAAGAGAGAGACUGUUGACUUUAAGGAGAUUGGUUAGAGAAAGGAACUUAUGUCAUCAUAUAGUAUGGCAGUGUAAGGUAAGGUGAGGUAGGGUAGGGUAGGGUAAAGUAGGCUGGGCUAAUAUGACUUUUAAACUUUCUUACCUGUAAGAAGAGGACCCUUUCACAAUUUAAAAAUUUUUUUUUGAAAUUUUUUUUUUAUUUUUAAAAAUUUUUAGUAUUGAAAAUGGAAGUUUAUGUACUGCGCGAUUUGAAACGUCUACAAACCUCGAAGCACUUUUGUGAACUAAUUGAUUCGGGUCAAAUAGGACAAUACAACUAUAUGGUCAUGAGCUUGGUUGGGCCUUCCUUAAGUGUACGUUUUUUUAAACUUAUUUUACCCUACUCUACCCUAACUUACCCUACCCAACACUACACUACCGUAUCUUAACCUACCCUACCUUACCCUGCUCUACCCUCCCUUAUCCUACUUUAACUUGCCCUUCACCACACCUUAUCAUAUUUUACUCUACCCUACUUCACCUUAUCUUUAGGACCUUCUGAAGCACCCAAAAGACAUAUCCGAGCGAGUCUUCUCCUUGAGCACAUGCGUUUUCUGUGCAGUUCAGUGUCUAGAAGCAAUAGAAGAACUACACUCAGUAGGCUAUCUUCAUCGUGACAUAAAGCCUGGUAAUUACGCAGUCGGAGUCAAUAACACACGUCAUAUAUUACUAUUGGACUUUGGAAUGGCCAGAAAGUAUUUGAAUGGUUCUGGAGAUAUCAGAAGACCACGAUGGGCUACUGGCUUCAGAGGAACCGUACGGUAUGCCGCGUUAUCUUGCCAUGUUUCGAGAGAACAGUGUAGGAAGGACGAUUUGGAGAGCUGGUUUUAUAUGUUGGUGGGUUAAUUGCUUACUGUUUUUUGCCCAUAUCCUACACUACAUUUCCUACCUCCACCCCAAUCCCUACCGCUAACCCAUAGUAAGAUCACCACCUCUUUUCAGGUCGAAUUCACAGUCGGAGCAGUGCCCUGGAAGGCGGUCGAAGACAAGAACGAAAUUGGUCGAAUCAAAGAAAAGUCGAGGCUCGAUGGCAGUCUUCAGAUGGGCUGUCCAAUUCAAUACCGAGAAAUCAUCGCUUACAUUGACAGCGUACGAUACUACGAAGAGCCGGACUACGAAUACUUGAACAACGUACUCGACAAUAUUAUGCGAUCAAACCUAUUGAACUUGGCAGCAAUCGACUGGGAGAAAUGGUUGACCACCGAAAGCGAAAGCAAGGUUUUUCAACAUUCACUUUGA